GUUGCCGAUCGACUGACACUCGGGAUUGGCACACCGAGUCAGCCUCGCGAGGGACCAACCCCGGCGGCCGUGUUUUCCAUUUCUUUUCGGCCUGCUGCUCGUGCUUCUCAAUCCAUCCCACCACAUCACCGUCAGGAUGAAGCACAUCGGCAAAACCGGCCGGGACAACCUGGGCGCCGCCAUCUCAAUGCUGGCGCUGGCGGUGGUCUCGGUCGCUCUCCGGUUGGUGGUGAGAAUCAUGACCCGACAGUGGUCUCCCUUGUCCGACGGCCUGCUUCUGCUCACGCUGGCAUGCAUGACGGUGUUUGCGGCUCUGUUAAUUCAAUAUAUUGUCGCAGGACCUGGCCCGGGCACCUUCGACCUGAACGAAUUCGCAGCCGAUGCAGACAUUGGGGGAAUGGUAUGGGCCAAGGCAUUUCUCAAGACUCUGUACGUCGCCGACCUUUUCUUCAUGGCGACCAUCACUUUUGUCAAACUGUCGGUACUCGCGUUUCUGCACGGCCUCUUCAAGGUUUCCAGAAUAUACCGCGUCUUGAACUACGUGACAGCCGCCCUCUGUGUUGCUUGGUUCCUCAUUGUUCUGUUCGUCAACAUUUUCCAGUGUCACCCAAUCCACAUGUUGUGGGAUGCGAUGGGCGCUGCGGAAUACUGCAUCGCCAGUGGUCGGCUCUGGUUGGGGAUGGAGCUCACGAACCUGUUCCUUGAUGUUAUAAUCUUGUUUCUACCUGUGUAUGUGGUGACGCGACUGCAGCUCAGUCGCACACGCAAGGUCCAGAUUACUGGUAUAUUCCUUCUGGGCGGAUUGGUCUGUAUUGCCAGUAUCUGCAAGCUCUCCUAUCUCUGGAUCCCGGCCACACCCCAAGUUGUGCGGGCUCCCGAGACAAUGGUCUGGUCAUCGGUACAGCUGGGGGUGGCCACGCUCUGCGCAUGUUUGCCAACCUACGCCCCACUGUUCCGAGUGGCACGGGGAAAGAUGUCUACGGUGAAGACGCCCACUGCACCGUAUCCGUACGGUAGCGACAACACGCCGCGCAAUGCUCCGGCAGGUAAGAGCGCACCCUAUCGACGGGUGGAAGAUCCGCUGCUGAGCACCCAGCAGACGGAAAUCACGCGCGGGGAUGGCGAGUCGUACAAGAUGGACCAGCUCGGCCCCUGCCACAUCUACGUGAAGCAGAGUGUAGACGUUGACGUGGUCUAGCACGGGCCUCAUCCGAAUGUUUCUUUUUACUUCAACUAAUCAUUGCAAUAUUACUCCAACACUCUCCGGACAAUGAUGGUCCCUAACUUUCCGCCCCCCACCCCAGCCCCUCUCCGGUUGCAUCGGAACCAUGUUGGAUGCCGCUAAACUGGGUGCUAUAUUAGCGUGCCGGGGUUAUAGAGAAAUGUGGGUACUGAAUCCAGCCCAGUUGCAAAAGGGGAUUUAGCGCUGGUGAGUUGGAGUUGGACCGGCUUGCUGCUUUGCCCCCGGAGCUCCGCCCGGAGAAUCUCUCGUGAGCUGAGUUUUGGAUAUCCUUCAUUUCCCAUGUUGCACAAUCUUACGGGUGGACGGGAGUCCACGGGUGAGAUCGAAGGGCGGUUUGCCCCACUACUACUACCACUACUAUCUACUACUUGUAUAUUAAUUUAUAUUAAUUAAUGAGAC